AUGUCGGCGGCCGCUGGUGUUGCUCCGAGCGUGCCGAACCUCAACCUCAACCUCAGAGACGAUGAGAAGGCCUUCUACGACCGGCUGUUUAGCCAGGCCUCUCGGGAUGGGGAGAGGAUCACCGGCGAAGUAGCCGUCUCGUUGUUCGAGAAGACGACGCUGAACUCGACGGUUCUCGGAUCGAUAUGGCAGAUUGCCGAUAUAGGAAACGAAGGCAAGCUCAGCAGAGAAGGCUUCUACGUCGCCCUUCGCCUCAUUGCUCAUUGCCAACUUGGCAAACAGCCAAGUCCCGAGCUGGCCCUUCAGCCUCCCCCGCGCCUCCCCGAGUUCGCAGGCAUCCCUCCACCCCCAGUCCAGGCGCCCAUCGUGCCCCAGGUCUCCGGAGGCAAUGAAAUCCCUCCCCUGGCUCCCGACAAGGGCAGCCGGUAUGUCUCCCUGUUUGCGGCUCAGAAGCUCCACGAUAAAUUGCUGCCGGGCGAGCAGGCCAGGACCAUCUUCGGCAAGUCCGGCUUGCCCAACGAAAUCCUUGGCAGGAUAUGGAGUCUGGCCGAUACCGAACAACGGGGUGCACUUGCCCUGCCCGAGUUCAUCAUCGCCAUGCAUCUGAUCACGUCCUUCAAGUCUGGCGAGCUUCGCACACUGCCCAAUGUCCUACCCGCUGGUCUGUAUGAGGUGGCCAUACGCAUCGCAUCGAUGGCCGCCUCCAGGCAAUCACCCGCCAAUACCGGCGGCAUCACGGCCAUCCCACGGCAAUUGAGCGGCCCGGCGCAGCAGCAACAAAGGACGGGAAGCCCGCUCAAUCGUCCGCCGAUAGUCGCUGCUCAGACUACGGGCGCCGUUGUGCCGAGCAACGAGUGGGCCAUCACUCCGGCCGACAAGGCAAGAUUCGACCAGAUCUAUCUCGAUUUCGACAAGACGAACAAGGGUUACAUCACCGGCGAGGAAGCUGCGCCUUUCCUCAGUCAGUCAGGUCUCCCCGAGGAUACCCUCGCCCAGAUCUGGGAUUUAGCCGACUUUCACUCCCAAGGGCAGUUGACGCGCGAGGGAUUCGCCAUUGCCAUGUACCUGAUCCGUCAGCAGCGCAGCAACCGGAAUCUUCCCUUGCCCGCUACUCUCCCCCCGAAUCUAAUUCCGCCGUCGCUGCGAGUUCAGAGCCGUCCUACGACAGCAGUGUCAUCGUCGGCUUUUGAUCCCGCGCCGGUUGCUGCUCAUGUUGCUCCAGCUCCGGUACCUGCCCCCGCUCCGCCGGCGCCCAAGUCUGCUCUCGACGACUUGUUUGGCCUCGACUCUUCGACUCCCAGCCCGGCGCCCCCUGCUCCGGCGCAGACGACAAUGUCUACGGGAGGCUCCAAUGCUGAUCCAUUCGCCGGUGGCAUCAGUGUGCUUCACCCGGCUUCUCCAUCUGCCAAACCAUCAUCUCCCGUGGGCGUGACGUUCCGGCCGUUCGUGCCAUCCUCCUCAUUUGGCCGUGGCUUGGCUGUACACCCUGGGGCUGAGCAGCCGCGACCACACACCGCUUCACACACCGCUUCAGAAGACCUCCUUGGCGAUACUGAUCCCGAGGCAAACAAGGCCAUCUCGGACGAGACGACCGAGCUUGCAAAUCUGUCGAAUCAGAUCAGCUCUCUGGCGAAGCAGACACAAGAGGUUCAGGCCAAGAGAACCACGACCCAGCACGAGCUGAGCCAAACUAACUCCCAGAAGCAAAACUUUGAGCAACGACUGGCGCAGCUGCGGCAACAGUACGAAAAGGAGGCCCAAGACACACACGCGCUGGAAGAGAAGCUUAGAAACUCGCGGGCCGAUACUAAGAAGUUGCAGGGAGAAUGCAUGAAUCUGGAAGGACAGCUGCGAGACAUCCAGGGCCAACAUCAGCAGGUCCUGGCUGCCCUCCAGGCUGAUCAGCAGGAGAACGCCAGUCUGAGGGAGCGGAUUCGCCGGGCAAAUGCCGAGGUCGCCGAGCUCAAGCCUCAACUGGAAAAGCUCAGGCUGGACGCUAGACAGCAGAAGGGCCUCGUCGCGAUUAACAAGAAGCAGUUAUCCACCACUGAGGGAGAGCGCGACAAGCUCAAGGCGGAGGCCGAGGCUCUGGCUAGGAGCGCCGAGGACAUCUCUCGCCAAGCAGAGACGGGCUCGCCUGUGUCCACGUCUGCCCAGUUGGCCAGCCCCGCGCUCUCGACCUCCAGCGGCAACAACCCCUUCUUUAAGCGAUCCGCCAGCACAGACAUCAUGGGCGUCUUUGGUCCGCCACCCCCAAACAGGGCCUUUUCCGACCGGUCCUUUGACGACUUGUUUGGCCCCGCCGGCCCCGUCAGCUCCAGCGGCACUCCCCCGCCAGUUGCAGCCUUCAGACAACAAAACACGGGGCAGUCAUCAGUUAGUGUUGGAUCCUUUUCUAACAACUCAGGGCCGACCCCCCAUGUCAGCCGCGUCACUACGCUGAGUGCUGAACCUCCCGCGCCGCCAGAGUCCCGACAACUAAGCUCGAGCUUCUUGCCGUUCCCCGAGCACAACGAGUCACUGUCUUCAUCUCGACAAGUGUCUCCCCCUACCUCCUCACGCGCCGAAGGCUCGGCGUCCGGCUCAUACCCUUUCCCCGGCGGUGCGCCUUCCGGCGAGGCAGAGGCUGGGGCUCCUGCGGCCCCCGCUUCCAGCGAAGAGGAGGAGAAGCAUGAUAGUGCCAGCGCGACCCCUGUCCCGGCCACUCAAGGCGAUAGCUCGCAGAAGCCCGCGGAGGGAGAAGCUCAAGAUCGAUCCGGCUCGUUUGACAAUACUGACCAUGCUAAGGCCAAGGCAGAUUUUGACAAUGCAUUUGCCGCCUUCACCUCGACUAAAUCCUCCGGCAACGGCGCCGACAAGGGAUCCGCUGCCGUGAAGCCCCAGGGCGCUUUCGACAACGCCUUUGACACGGAGUUCCCACCCAUCUCGGAGCUGGAGCGAGAUGUGUCUGAGUCUGACAGCGAGAGGGGCGGCUUUGACGACGACUUCGCCCCCGCGUCGCCAGAGAACAAGGCCAAGGAGAAGCAGGUCGCUCCGGAGCCAACUCCUGAGUCUCACCGACCUGCUACCGGAGGAGCCUCCGACUCCGCCGCCCCUCAGUCACCAUCUCAGGACGUGCCAGCUACCCAUGAGGCCGAAGCCAAAAGCGCGGAACUGUCCUCUUCACCCGCCACGAUAACCAACAACAAUACCAUCUCUCAGACCUCCAACGCAGAUGACAUCUUUGGUUCCAGCGCUGGCAACCACAGCCAGCAGCCUCCUGCUUCCAAGGGCGCCUUCGACGACCUCGACGAUGAUUUCGAGGGCUUGGAGGAUGCCAAGGAAGGCUCCGCGGAUGACGACUUUGCCAACAUUUCCCGCUCUGGACUGGACGACUACAACCCUAUGUUUGACAGCAGCCCUCCAGCCAGCCAGGCCAAGAGCGAGUCCACGGCGUUUGGUAAUGAAAGCAGCUUUGACUUCAUCUCAUCCAACUCGGCCGCCAGUGCUCCCGGCCAGUCUAGCAAUGGACAGCAGGCUCACGACUGGGACGCCAUCUUCUCUACACUCGAUUCGCCCACCGUCCCCGCAGCACAGCCCGUGCACAGCAACAACACGGGUCCCCCAAAGGAAGAAAAUGCCGAGACUCGUCCCCCUGCUCCUGGACGUGCCCUCACGGAGGCAGGAGAGCACGAUGACCCAAUUCUGAAGAACUUGACCAGCAUGGGUUACUCGCGUCCUGACGCCCUUGCUGCGCUCGAGAAGUAUGACUACAAUCUGGAAAGGGCUGCCAACUUUCUCGCCAGCCAGUCUUAG